AUGAUAGGUAUUCUACCGGAGAUUAAGACUCACAAGCUAAGCUUGGAUACCAAGUUUACGCCGGUGAAGCGAAAGAGAAGACCAGUGGCAGAAUACAAGAACAGGUUUGUAAAGAAAGAGAAAUGUUGGAAUAUAGUAGGUGCAGAUGUGUCUAAUGUGGUGAAAGCUUUCACUGAGGGUCAGACUCUUCCUAAAUCUAUCACUCAUACAAACUUGUACUUCAUCAACAAGGUGAUUUCUAGAGUGAUUCAUGAUAAGCUAGAAUCAGUUUUACCUACCUUAAUCUCUGCUAAUCAAUCUAGUUUCUUAAAAGGGAGAAACAUCAUUGAGAAUGUGUUACUUACUCAAGAGUUAGUAGUUGGCAUUAGAAAGAGUGGGAUACCAGCUAAUGUGAUCAUUAAACUGGAUAUGGAAAAGGCAUAUGACAGAGUUUCUUAG